GCUCCCCGAGGGCGCACGAGGUCCGGCCCGCUGCCAGGGUGCGGCGGAUGGGCUUCGGGGCUCCGUGCGGGGUGGCGCGGGAGGGUCGGGAGGCGGCGGGCCGGCCGCUCUGGCCGUGGGUCGGCCCGGAUCCAGCCGGGGCGGAGCCGGGAGCCGGGAGCCGCAGCGUGGACACCGAGGCACUCACAGCUAUGGGCCGGGGGUCUCUGAGAGCUCGAGGGUCGCAGGCGUCGCUGCUGCUGCUGCUGCUACUGUGGCUACCUUUGCAGGUGUCGGGGACCGAGGCGUUUCAAGGAGACAACCCUGGAGAGCCAGUCACCCUGCACUGGGUCCUGGAUGGACGACCCCGGCGCACGGUCACCCUGGAGGAGCCGGUCUCGAAGCUAGACAUGGGGCUGGUGGCCUUGGAGGCUGAAGGGCAGCAGCUCCUCCUCGAGCUGGAGAAGAACCACAGGCUGCUGGCCCCGGGAUACACAGAAACCCACUAUACCCCAGAUGGGCAGCCAGUGGUGCUGGUCCCCGACCACACGGACCACUGCCAUUACCAUGGACGUGUGAGGGGCUUCCCUGACUCCUGGGUAGUCUUCAGCACCUGCUCUGGGAUGAGGGGCCUGAUCACACUGGGCAGCAAUGUCAGUUAUUAUGUGCAUCCACGGUCAGCUGGAGACUCCGAGGACUUCAUCACUCACAAGAUGUUCCCAACCAGGCAGCUGCUCAGCUGGAAAGGGGCCUGCGGCCACAGGGAUGCCAGGAGCAAAGGGGACAUGGCCAGCCUUUCUCGUGCCACUCAGAUCAAGGAGAGGAGGGAGGUCCGCAGGAGCCCGAGGUUCUUGGAGCUGUACAUAGUGGCUGACCACACACUGUUCUUGACCCAGCACAGGAACUUGAACCACACCAAACAGCGACUCCUGGAGGUGGCCAACUACGUAGACCAGAUUCUCAGGACUCUGGAUAUUCAGGUGGCACUGACUGGCCUGGAAGUGUGGACAGAGCAAGACCGGAGCCGUAUCACGUCAGACGCGAAUGCCACGCUCUGGGCCUUCCUGCAGUGGCGCCGAGGGCUGUGGGCACGGUGGCCACACGACUCCACGCAGCUGCUCACGGGCCGCGCCUUCCAGGGCGCCACUGUGGGCCUGGCGCCCAUCGAGGGCAUGUGUCGCGCUGAGAGUUCGGGAGGCGUGAGCACGGAUCACUCAGAGCUUCCCAUUGGCGCAGCAGCCACCAUGGCCCACGAGAUAGGUCACAGCCUUGGCCUCAGCCACGACCCUGACGGCUGCUGCGUGGAGGCGGCGGCUGAGCAAGGCGGCUGCGUCAUGGCCGCGGCCACCGGGCACCCGUUCCCACGCGUAUUCAGCCCCUGCAGCCGGCGCCAGCUGCGCGCCUUCUUCCGCAAGGGGGGCGGUGCGUGUCUUUCCAACGCGCCGGACUCCAGGGUCCUCGUGCCUCGGGCGCGCUGCGGGAACGGCCUCGUGGAGGACGGCGAGGAGUGUGACUGCGGCUCCAGCCAGGAGUGCCCGGACGCCUGCUGCCUCGCCCACAACUGCUCGCUGCGUGCGGGAGCCCAGUGCACACGCGGGGACUGCUGCGCGCGCUGCCUGCUGAAGCCGGCUGGCGUGCUGUGCCGCCGAGCUGCUGGCGACUGUGACCUCCCAGAGUUCUGCACGGGCACCUCCCCCUACUGCCCCCCGGACACUUUCCUACUAGACGGCUCUUCCUGCGCCAGCGGCCGGGGCUACUGCCGGGAUGGCGCGUGUCCUACACUGGAGCAGCAGUGCCAGCAGCUCUGGGGGCCUGGCUCCAGCCCAGCCCCGGAGGCCUGUUUCCAGACUGUGAACUCAGCAGGAGACGCCCACGGAAACUGUGGCCAGGACCGCAAGGGUGGCUUCGUGCCUUGUGCGCAGAGGGAUGCACAGUGUGGGAAGCUGCAGUGCCUGGGUGGGGAGCAGCGCCCACUGGCACCACACACGGUACCGGUGGACUCCACGGUUGGACUAGGCAGCAGCGAGGUGACCUGCAGGGGAGUCUUCCUGCUGCCUGGUGUCCAGCUAGACCUGUAUGACGUGGGCCUGGUAGAGCCAGGCACCCAGUGUGGCCCUAGAAUGGUGUGCCAGGAUGGGAGCUGCCAAAACACUACCUUCUGGGAGCUGGAGCGAUGCCUGACAGCCUGCCAUGGCCAUGGAGUUUGCAACAGUAACCAUAACUGCCACUGUGCUCCGGGCUGGGCUCCGCCGUCCUGCAACAAGCCAGGGUUUGGUGGCAGUGUGGACAGCGGUCCUAUACAGCCUGAAAACCACAAGGCCUUCCUGCUGGUGGUGAUCCUUAGCUUUCUGCUGCCUCUGCUCCCCGGGGCCAGUCUGGCCUGGUGCUGCUACCGACAGCCGGGAUCCCGUCUCCAGCAAUGCCUCUGCAGCUCAAGGAGGGGUCCUGCAUGCACUGGGCCCAAAGAUGGCCCACACCGGGACCCUCCCCCUAGGAGCGUUCACAGCAUGGAGUCAGGCCCAGCAGCCACUGAAGAGCCCGGACUCUGGGACCUUAAGAACUCUGCCAGAGCCCAAGAGCCACCUUGAGAAGCCUCUGUCCUGUUGCCUUGCCUGCAACCCCAAGCAGGUCGAGUCUAGAAGCCAAGAUCCUGUCUCUGGUGAGAGAGGGGCUCCUGAGAUGAGGAUACUUACAGACAGGCGACUGCUGACAGCCACCACAAGAACUUGGUCUCCCAGGGGCAGAGCCAGUGAAUCCCACUUCCUGCACUUUUGCAGCCUGCAAGUUUCUUCCCUGAGUCGAGCUCUGCCCCACCCACUUCAGGACCCCGGAGCCUUAUCAGAAGAUGCCCAAUGCUGCCCCAUUCCUCCCAUGGCUGGGGGGAUCCUGGUAGGGUAUAUAUUCCAGCCCAAGAAUCUAUCAGUCCAAGGAGCAAAGGUCAUGUAGUCACUGACGUCCUGUCACCAGGGGAGGCUGGGUCAUUCUGGGCAUUGGGAGAGGUCUCUAUCCAGGGAACUUGGGUGUCUCUGCAUAUGUAUUUUACCUAGACCCAGCUCUGCAGAAUCCAGUGACUGCUGGGCCAGAAGCCUGGGCUCCAGGGGCCCUACAUUUCAGAUUGAGUCUACUUCCCUGGAGCUUGGCUCUUGCAAAAACAAAACAAAACAAAACAAUCCACAAAAUCCUUGGGAUCCUCCUCCCUCCCUUUUCCUGCCAUGUCCUCCAGAUGCUUCCUCAGCCUCACCUCUGUUAUUGGUCCUCCACCUGAGGUUUUGGAGGAGUGUGGUUCUGCUGUAGCCCUCUCACUUUGGACAUUACUCAGCCUUCCCUCCAUUCCAUGGGAGGGGACAGUGGGAGCUGUUUUAAAAAGGAUACCAAAGUAGAAGUCAGAAGAAAGAUAUGCUGACCUCAAGCUUCUGUGAGUCUUUUCUGUAUGUAAAUUCAUCCCCAUUGGGGCUCCCUGAGGGUCCCAAGGGGUGGUGGCUGGUGGGUGGAGCCUCAGAUGGCAGCUGUGGCCCCAGAUGUACCUGGGCAUAGGACAGUGUUGCCUAGCUUGAAUGAUCCCUUUGCCCUGUCUAUUCUGCCUCCCUUGGAAGUUCUCAGAAGUCACUUAUUCUCUCCCCAUUCUUCAUGAAAGAAUUGCUGAGUGAUCUUCUGUAUCAGCCAGCUGUUGCUGCAUAACAAAACCACCCCCAAACACAGUAGCUUAAAAUAACCAAUUCUGUGAAUUGGUAAAUUAGGUUAAACUCAGCUGGUAGUUCAUUUGGGCUCAUAUGUUUGCAGUCAACUUCUGGCCAGUUGGGCAAUUCUGCCUCUGGGUUUGGCUACCUAUUGCAUAGAGUGAUGAGGACGAAUAGACUAUGUACCCAUAGCUUGUUCACGUGACAGCUAAGGAGGGUUCUAAAGAGCAGGACCAGGAUUAGGGUAAGGCAAGUGACGCACUUACCUUGAGCACACACAAAAAAGGCAAUCAAGAUAAAUAAGAUCUUAAUGCAAUCUUUUAAAGGAUCAAAAUUAAAACCAAAUAUCAAUGAUGAACAAAAUAUCAAAAUUUGAACUGAACAUCAGAUCAGUAACAGUGUCAUGCCAAGUCAUGUUGGAACCUGAGGCAGAAGGAAAAAUUCAUAGUAGUGAUCCUGUCUCAUCCUAGCCCCAGCCCUGUCAGAGAGUAAGUGGAAGCUUGUGAGGCCUCUGGAAGAUUCUAUGACUGGCACAUUUUACUUCCAUAACAUCCUAUUGGCCCAAGCAAGUCACAGGGCCGGCCCAGGUUCCAGGGGUAGGGAGAGUAACUCUACCUCUUGCUGGCAGAGCAGCAGGAUCCUGCUUCAGAGGGCAUGAAGACUAAUUUUUGCAACCAACCACUCCUUGCAUUGGCAGCAGAGAAGAGGCAGCCCCAGAGGUUGAAUGAGAUGGUUUUCUAAAGCUGCCGUCUGUCUGAAUUGUACCCAUGGGAUUCUGAUUUAUAAAGAUGACCUGAGUAAUGACAUGGAGAGGUUAAUGCCACUGAAAGAAGUUUUUAUUACACACAAUUCCCAAGAGAAGGGAUCAUGCUAUGCCAUGCAGGAUCACAUGGGGAAGCAUGAGGUUUGGCCAGGAGGCCGAAGCAGGAGUGAGGGGAGAGCCUAGGAAGGGCAAAGCAUGGCUCAGGAUUGGCCAGGCAUGGGGCACAGGGAUGGUCUUUAAUUGUCAGGUACCUGGCCCUGUGGUGAUUUAGGGCAGGGCAAAUACUGGCUUGGUAAGAGCUAGAAAAAAGGCAGCGCUUGUGGGUAUAGACUCAGAAUUGGUUGGUCUGCACAUGAAAGACAUAUUCAUAGGCAAAUUUUCAUUAACUCUAGGAAUUAGCCAGCCCAGGAAGGGGCAGUCUCUCCCCCAAACACCAAGCUCCACCCCGCCAACCAAGAUGUCAAACCAUCAUAAAAUGCAAAAAAAUAAAGAACAUCAUUAAUACAUCUCUCCACACUCUCAUCCAUCAGGGAGGUGUCUGGACCCCAUGGGACUCCCACUCAUAUUUCAUGUCUUAAAAUGCCUAAAAUUGCAUGAUAUGGAGAAAAACCUGCAUGAUAAAAAUUGAAUGAUCAAAAGCUGGAUUUACCAUGAAAGUGGUACUUUGAGGGAAAUUUAUAUCCACAGUAUCUUUCAUACAAAGAGAGCUAAAAGUCAGUGGGAUAAAGGUCCAAGUUAAGAAGUUGGCUCAGGACUAGAUGAUUUCACUGAUGAAUUCUACCAAACAUUUAAAGGAGAGUUAAUGCCAAUCACUUUCAAACUCUCCCAAAAAAAUUCAAAGAGAAGGAAACACUCCCAAAUUCAUUUUAGGAAACCAGCAUUGUCCUGAUAACAAAGCCAGAUAAGGACCAUACAAGAAAACUACAAAGCAAUAUUCCUGAUGAAUACAGAUGCAGAAAUUCUCAACAAAAUAUUUAAGAAGUGAAUUCAACAGCACAUUAAAAGGAUCAUAUACCAUGAUCAUGUGGGUUUUAUCUCACGUGAGAUGCAAGGAUGGUUUAACAUAUGCAAAUCAAUAAGUAUGAUAUACCACAUUAAUAGAAAGAUUAAAAAACAUAUGAUCAUCUCAAUAGAUGCAGAAUAAGCAUUUGACAAAGUAUGGCAUCCUUUGGGGCGCCUGGGUGGCUCAGUCGGUUGAGCGUCCAACUUCGGCUCAGGUCAUGAUCUCGCGGUGUGUGAGUUCGAGCCCCGCGUCGGGCUCUGUGCUGACAGCUCGGAGCCUGGAGCCUGCUUCGGAUUCUGUGUCUCCCUCCCUCUUUGCC